CAUCAAUCGAUUGCGUGAAGGCAGUUGUUGAUUUUGAACAAAAUGAACACCGCAGAAAACUGGUAGCCAGUCGAGUUUGUGUGUCGCUCUAGAUGAUUGAUAAAAACAAAUCCUUUGUUUACGUCUUCUACGUAUUCGAAUUCGUUGGGUGUAUGUAAAGCUUGGAAACUCUUUAAACGUGUAUGCGCACCAUAAUCCACCCUGCUCUUUUUACCCAAAAAUAGACAUUUUGACAUUUGUUUGUUUUGAGGUGGUUAACCAAUUUUUCUAUUUUAUUACCAUAAAUUGAAUUGAACGUAUUGUCAAAAAAUUCUAUAGUAUAGUGUAUUGUAAUUUAAUUGUCGAAAAAUUCAGUGCUUCCGAAAACACACAAGAAAUUAAAUUCAAGGUUAAAUUGAUAAUCGCCGUGCAAAACUUUACGAGCCGCAAACCUAUACAACACAGCGCAGGUCGUAACGGUGAAAAAAAUCUGAUAUAAAACUAAAAGUAAAAUGUACUUUCACGCAAUUGUAAGGUCACAAGCAAGGAAGCCGGUCAGUUCAUUGUCCCAGAGGUUUUUACAUUUUACAUCAGUGAAAAUGGUUAAGGUAGGAGACAGUCUUCCAAAUGUUGAUCUGUAUGAAGACAAUCCAACAAACAAGGUUAAUCUGGCUCAAUUGGCUGCUGGGAAAAAAGUUAUUUUAUUUGGUGUACCAGGUGCUUUCACUCCUGGCUGCUCCAAGACACAUUUACCUGGCUAUGUUAGCAAAGCUGAUGAGCUGAAGAAACAGGGAGUUGGAGAAAUUAUUUGUGUCUCUGUGAAUGAUCCAUUUGUUAUGGCAGCUUGGGGAAAAGACCAAAAUACAGCUGGUAAAGUGAGAAUGCUUGCAGACCCUUCAGCAACUCUUGCUAAAGAGCUUGAUUUGACUGUAGAUAUUGCUCCCUUGGGUGGAACCAGGAGCAAAAGGUACUCCUUGGUUGCUGAAAAUGGUAAAGUGACACAACUACAAGUUGAGCCUGAUGGUACUGGGCUGUCAUGCUCACUCGCUGACAAGAUUAAGUUAUAAAUAUAUGCAUACACAACUAAAAACUUUUUUGUAUAUAGUGACAUAUUCAUUUGUCUUCUCAUUUACGUAUUUUUAGGUAACAAACUGACACAUUUUUAUUGAAUAUAUGAUCGUAUUUAGUUUUGUUGAAUAAGUGAAUAAAUGAUAUGUAUGCACUUAUUA